UGUAUUCUUUUCUGAUCAAUUAAUUGAUCUUCCCCGAAACCUUUCAACUUUCUAACCUCUAUCGUUGUGUAAUAGACAUGAAAUAUAGAGUAUCUAUGGCCACCAACAAGAUCAAGAUGAUGAUGACGCUAGUUAAUUUGAAAGCAUACACAACUCCCCAAUUACUCUCUACUACUUCUCACCAUUAUUCUCCGCUUCCGAUGUUCAUAAAUAAGUCACGCUAUUGCCCAUCAAACAUACGCCAAAUUAUUACCUGUUCUUCCUCAAAUGUUCCUCGCUUUGGAAUAGCCAAUCCUAUGGCUAGCAAAGAGAUCAUGCUGCUAUCUACAGCACAGCAACCCUAUACAACGACCCCUUUUCGUAGUACUAGUACUGCUGAUCACCAAAGUUUUGAUCCCAGCUGUGAUAACCUUUUGGUUGCCGUGGAAAACAGUAUUAAGCAUGCAGCCCGUAUGAUUGACACUGCUUUGCAGGAAUAUCUUGAAAAUCUGGAGGCAAAGCUGUCCAAAGCAAACGUCAUCGGUCCCCUUUUGUGUACAAUCAAGCAACUUUCCACAAAUAUGGAUAAGGUGGUCGUUUUAUCGGAACUAUUGCUGUUGGCUGAAAAAUCAAGCAUCACCCUCAACUUACGAAAGAUGCAGAUCAUACAACUUUGCAAUAAACGGAUAGCUGCAGAGAACAUGCAGGCAGAUCAAUGUUGGGAAGAAUUUCCAGAAACACCCAAGGAAAUCUUCAAAGCUUUCAGGGAGCUGAUUUUAGUUGACAAUAAUCUGCGGGCUAGUCUUACCGACGCUUCUACGGACAAACUGAUUGAAGACGCAACUGCAUUGACCAUGUUUCAGCUAUGGAUCACUCGCGUACUCUCUGAUGUUUUGAAUCGCCUAAUUAAAAAGCCGCAGAAACCAAUGCGUCCAUCGCUACCCUAUCAACCAAUAGGACCGGGGAAAUGGAUAUACACUUUCUACUAUGGAAGCAACAAACAAGAAUGGAUCGACGAAUUUGUUAAGAAAGCAAAGGUUGUGAUUCAUGAUCCGUACAUACAGAGCAUAAAAGACGUCCACAUAGAGUUGUGUUGCAUUCAAGAAUUAAUAAAAAAUAAAGUUGAGGCCCAGCAUUUAUCAGAAUUAAUCAAAGGUAGUGGAAAGAAAGUCCCACAAGACUUGCGACAUUACUUCGUGUCUGGGUCUGAUGGACGGUUUGUGUUGACCUCAAUGAUGAUCCGCAACCAGAAAAAACUGCUGCUCGAUGAGAGUGGGAGAACGAUCCUGAAGGUCUUAGAAGAGUUUCCGCAGUGGAAGAAAAAUAUUGAGAAAGACAAUGACUUCGAAGCAAGUUUCAAAAAUCAUUAUCGGAAGAUAUCCUCGUUGAUUGCAGGCGGAGAAGAUAUCCAGAGCAAUAUGAAAUGCACUACACGAAUUGAUGCCUAGACCUAUAUAUCUCUCUAUUUAUUCAAAUGCCCAACCCAAAUAAUUAAAGACUUAUUUGUCUAAAUUUUAUUCAAUGUGUAAUGCUGUAAUAUUAAAGGCCAUCUUGAAUGCAUUAUUGUGAAAUAA